AUGAAGUUCGCCCUCUUCGCCUCGACCCUCUCCGCCGCCAUCGCCGCCGUUGCUGCCGCUGACUCGCCGACGUGCGACAACGGCGGAAAUUGCUACGCCGCGGUGCACGGCUGGGGCGGCUACAUCCAGUACGAGCCGUACCAGGGCAACCUCAUGGAGGCGUGCCGCGGCGACGACAAUGCCAUCAACGGCGAGCAGGGCACUGGCAAUCUCUUCGGCAACAAGGCGUGCGUCGCGGUCGCUGUCAGCAGUGGCGAUAUCGGGCCCAGCACCGUCCAAGGUCUCGGGAGCUGCGACAACCAGAACCUGAACUGCUUGUGGGCGCAGCCCAGCCUCGACUACAACAUCUACGCCGGCAUUGUCGGUGACUGCGCGUGGCAGCCCGAAGGCUGCCCCAUCACCCAGCAGAACUUCAUCGACUUCAUCUACAGCGCGUUGAGCGACAUUGGAUCGGCGGACUGGCCCAGCAGCACUGACACCCUGAUCUCCAACGGCUGGCAGCCGCUCCUCGGCCUGACCAACUCCACCGACACCAUCUCUUACAACAACCUGAACCUCUACCUCCACGGGUCGAAGACCAUCGCUUGA